AUGGUAUGUACAUCUCCGCCUCUUGCAACAUAUGCUCUUCCGGGCUGCCACUCCAGGUCCCAGAGACCCAGCGGGGGUGGCUCUCAGGUGUACACUCACCUUGGAGUGCCACUUGAGAGACCCAGCGGGGGUGGCUCUCAAGUGUACACUGACCUUGGAGUGCCACUUGAGAGACCCAGCGGGGGUGGCUCUCAAGUGUACACUGACCUUGGAGUGCCACUUGAGAGACCCAGCGGGGGUGGCUCUCAGGUGUACACUCACCUUGGAGUGCCACUUGAGAGACCCAGCGGGGGUGGCUCUCAAGUGUACACUCACCUUGGAGUGCCACUUGAGAGACCCAGCGGGGGUGGCUCUCAAGUGUACACUCACCUUGGAGUGCCACUUGAGAGACCCAGCGGGGGUGGCUCUCAAGUGUACACUCACCUUGGAGUGCCACUUGAGAGACCCAGCGGGGGUGGCUCUCAAGUGUACACUCACCUUGGAGUGCUACUUGAGAGACCCAGCGGGGGUGGCUCUCAAGUGUACACUCACCUUGGAGUGCUACUUGAGAGACCCAGCGGGGGUGGCUCUCAAGUGUACACUCACCUUGGAGUGCCACUUGAGAGACCCAGCGGGUGUGGCUCUCAAGUGUACACUCACCUUGGAGUGCCACUCGAGAGACCCAGCGGGGGUGGCUCUCAGGUGUACACUCACCUUGGAGUGCUACUUGAGAGACCCAGCGGGGGUGGCUCUCAGGUGUACACUCACCUUGGAGUGCCACUUGAGAGACCCAGCGGGGGUGGCUCUCAGGUGUACACUCACCUUGGAGUGCCACUUGAGAGACCCAGCGGGGGUGGCUCUCAGGUGUACACUCACCUUGGAGUGCCACUUGAGAGACCCAGCGGGGGUGGCUCUCAGGUGUACACUCACCAUGGAGUGCCACUUGACACUCGUGGUUAA